AUGCCAUCGCUCUCAGUCGUACGAGCCGCCAAUACGGCGUUCUCCUCACCCCGCCCUCCUGUCGCGAUCUUCGUCGGCGGCACAUCCGGCAUUGGACGAGCAAUCGCCCAAGCCUUUGCGCGCUACACGGCGGGAAACUCACACAUCGUGCUCUGUGGGCGCAAUCGGUCCGCCGCCCAGUCGGCUCUCACGUCAUUCCCCAAGCACACCACCUCGGACGCCGGUAUACAGCACGAGUUCCUGAAGUGUGAUGUGCUGGAGAUGAAGAAUGUGGCAACUACCACGGGGGCGCUGCUAUCUCGUCUUCCAAAAGUCAACUUUCUCGUCCUCUCACCAGGCGCGCUUAGUCUGAAGGGUCGAGAGGAGACAUCUGAAGGGAUCGACAAGAGGCUGGUUCUCAACUAUUAUGCGCGCUGGAAAUUCAUCUAUGACUUGUUACCGCUACUCCGGAACGCCAGCAGUGCUGGAGAAAGUGCAAAGGUCAUGACAAUAUUGGCUCCUGGCACUGGUGGAGCCAUAGAUCUCGACAACCUCGGGCUGAAGAAGAACUACAGCGCUUUGAAAGCACUAUACGCUGUACCGACAUACAAUGAUCUCAUGAUCGAAGCAUUCGCAGAGAAGGAGCCUAGCAUGUCGUUCAUACAUGCUUUUCCCGGACUCGUGCGGACGCCGAUGAUGGGACGUCUUGCCAGCGCACUUCUCUAUCCAGUGACAGUCUCUCCGGAGGACUGUGCCGAAUAUCUGCUAUAUGCGCUGCUCAACGCCGAGCCGGGAGCACACCGCAUCAACAACAAAGGGGAUGAUAUGGGGAAGAAGAGGUACUAUGGUUCUGAUGAAGCAAGGGCGCGGCUGUGGGAUCAUACUGUGGCGGAAAUCAACCGGGCAAUGGGUGUCGAAACUGAGCAUCCCGUGUAUUAA